AUGGCCGCUCCCACUUCCACUCCGAUUGCUGCCCAGUCCCGCGCCCGCUCUGCCCCUUCUCUCGUUCGAACGUCGUCCCCCCUUUCCUUACGGGCCUCCAAUGAGUCUGCGACAGCUCCCUCUGAGGCGAGCCGUUCCACUCUGCACAUGCCCACGCCCAGGCAGCCGACCUUCGGCGACUCGCUCCCCGACCCUGCCUUUGUCAGAUCUCUACCUGAGGCAGAAGCCCAUGUGGCAUUGAUGUUGGUUCUACGGGCGGCCGAUUAUAAUGACCACCGCACCUUCUUGAAGGCCGGAAGCGAGUCGCGAAAGGUCGGCUGCCUGGGCACCCAUUGGAGGCCUCAAUCUUUGGGAGAUGGUAUUAGCAGGCCGUACGAGACUCUAGGAACUACUCCUUUGCCAGACAGCCUGGCAUUCCGAUUGAGACAAGCAGAUUUGGGGUCCGAUGACGAAGAGCCGGUUGAGAAGCCUUACCCAGCCCUUUCCGAGAAGAUCAAGAAGAGGCAGGCGCAGAAUAGAAAGCUGGAGAAAGAUAGCAUAGGGAAGAGGAAGAAGUAG